AUGGGGAGGAGAAAGCCUAGCAGCGAUGGACUCAUUACCAUCGACUCCGACUCCGAACCCGAACCCGAAUCCGAAGUCGACCUGAGCUGCUCGGUUUCAGUGUCACGGAAGAAACAGGAGCUAGACUCGGAAACAUUUCAGUGCUACUUUGAGAACUUAUGGAAGAGUUCCUCUGAGGACAAGAAGACCUCUUUCACAUACCUUGACUGUUUAUGGUUUUCCUUGUACAUGAAACCAACCACAAAAGACAAGGUGCUAACUUGGAUUAAGAAGAAGCAUAUUUUCUCGAAGAAAUAUGUUUUUGUACCUAUUGUUUGCUGGAGCCACUGGAGUCUACUAACUUUGUAUCAUUUUGGUGAGAAUGUCUAAUCAGACACCCAAAGACCAUGCAUGUUGCUGCUUGAUUCUCUUGCAAUGGCAGAUCCAAAGCAGAUUGAACCAGAUAUAAGAAAAUUUGUAGCGGACAUUUUCAGAGAGGAGGGUAGGCCCGAGAACCUGAAUCUUCUCAAAGGAAUUCCUCUUUUAGUACCUAAGGUUCCACAACAGAGAAAUGAUCAAGAAUGUGGUAAGUUUGUUCUUAACUUCAUUAAUUUGUUCAUGGAGAGUGCUCCACAUAACUUCAGCAUGGACAGCUAUCCGUACUUUAUGAAGAAAAAUUGGUUUGCGUUUGAAGCCUUGGAUUGCUUCAUCCAGAAACUCUAUUAGACAGAAAAGUGAUGUCCCGAAACUUGAAGCGCUGAUAUUUAUGUAAAUUGAUUUAGCUGAUUAUAUUGCCAAAAAGAUGCAUGUAUGAUGCAAUGGAUGUUCAAGUAUUAGCAGGGAAAACAGAAUUCAAAGAAAUAUUUUGGCCGAUGAAAUAGAGGGUAGUCUGAAUCUUGAAAUGGUUGUUGUGUGUAUAAUUGUUUAGACUUUGAGCAAGAAGUUUGUGGUAGGCUUGCUUGAAUGCGAGCGGAAUGAAUUGUAAUGAG